AUGAACAGAUUCAUGAUCGAACUUGUGAAAAGAUUGGAGCAGUCUGAUAUUAAAGUCGUCACAAAGUGUAUAUGUUGGAGACCUAUAAAGAUAUGUUAUGGCACUGAGUGGCCUACUUGUACCCUAACAGAUUUAUCCAAGGAUCUUCAACAUCACUUGAAUGCAAAAAUUUUGCAAGAUGUUACGAUUGUGGGUCAUGCUGUAAAUCAAUAUUUUUUCCAGUCGAAAAUAACGCAAACCAACACAGCCGCUAUCUGGUCAUGCUUUGACGUAGUAUCUAAACAGUUUUGUUGCAUCAAAGCUUAUUAUAUAGAAUCGUUCAGAAAAGAAAGAGCAAUACGCUGUUACGGGGACGAAGUGGAAGUAAUUUCGCUCUUAGAUAAAGUGGUUGAUGAAGUGCUCUAUCAUUCCUCAAUAGCUAUUCACCCAGGAGUGUGUACAAUCCAUGAAGUGAUUGUUAAUAUUGAAAAUGAUGUAUUCUAUUUAGUUAUGGAUUGUUAUCCUGCACAAAUAUUGUACUUCGACACAAAUGUCAAAGCGUAUACAGCACCACCAUUGGAUCGAAAGGACCCUAAUCAAAACGAUGCAGUAUCAUGUGCCCUGAACCUAUACCUAGAACAGGAUGCUAAAAUAAUCAUGAAAGAUAUCUUACGCACAGUUUCCUAUAUUCACUCUGUAGGAAUCAUCCAUAAGGAUCUCAAACCCGAAAAUAUACUCAUUAAUGGAGUUGUGGCAUCUGCCUACGAAACCGUGAAGGUACCUUCGACCGAAUACGUCCCUAUGUCUGUCGAUAAGUCGUUAGUCGAAGAGCGGGAACAAUACAGCGGUGUGCCAAAAGAAGAGAUUGUGGCGUAUGUGAAAGAAUUUUUAAUGACAAAUACAUCGUUGUCGUAUUGUGACAUCGAACUGGCUGAAGUGGUUGGGAAACACUUCCCGUAUCAAAAUUCCUUGUCAAAUGACUACACUCUGAAUUGGUCGUCUGGAUACCCAAUAGUGUGUGAUGUAAUAAUGGACGAUAUAGAAGGGAGCGAGAUUAUGCGAAUCGGGCUGUCCGCUCUCGAAUUCGCAAAACAAGUGGUUACGGUCUGUAAUGGAAGCACAUCUUCAAUGGUAGAUUUCUUUUUAUUGGGGAAUAAUCUUGAUUUGCCUUACAGGAAACACGAGUUGUUGGCAGCUGCGGCAAUCGCCUUUAGAAAUGAAGACCGUAGAGCGGCUCUACAAGAAUUCCCCGGUGUUGAGAAGAAUCAUAGACAAUAUGUCCCUUCCGUUGUCAUAGCGGAUUUCGGUGUAGCUAGUGUUGGGGAACUGAGAGUAGGCGAAUCUGAACCACUAAUAUUCGACGGGGAGGGCACUGCGGCGUUUUGCAGCCCUGAAUCACUACAGCAUGUUGGAGGCGGGAUAUCCGGCGUUAAACGAGACGUUUUUUCGUUGGGGGUGGUGCUUUAUACGAUGAUUUAUGGGAUACUGCCGUACAAAGGAACUGGAUGCAUUGAAUUACUAAUUGACAUGUUACACAACCCACUGCACUUCCUCGACUACAGAGACGUCUCACCAGAACUAAAAGAUUUGCUGCGAGGAAUGUUACAUAUAGAUGUCGUUAAACGACUCAAUAUUGAAGAAAUAUUGCGUCAUGCAUGGUUUGCAGAUACAUGA